GUCACAAUCCCCCGGCAUGUCGCCAAGGACCAAAUCGACUGUCGUAGAGGUCUCUGCCUUGGAUAAACUCGUUCUUUCGCAAGCUGUUUGGGAGUUUGGUCUAUCAUGGACCCAGGUCUCUCGCACUCUGUCUAAACACCCCCUCCUUUCACAUCCCAAAAGUUACUUCACCGCUCAGUCAUGCCACGCGAUGUACGAUGCGAUGAUGAUAGAGGCGGGGCUAGAACUAGACGCGAUGGAGGAUCCAGUGCACGCACCCACACAUCUCAAACUUGCCGAAAAAUAUCAUGUUGAGCGUGUUCAGGAGCUGCGCACGUUGAUCGAAGCGGAAGAAGAGCACUUCAAGUCUAUAUCUGAUGAAAUUGACGAACUCAGACUUGGGACAGACAUUCCGGCCGAAGUUCCAGAGAAUGAGUCGAACAAAUUUGUUGAUGAAACGCCGGACGAGGUCCAGCCGAUCGAAGUGCACAGUGCUACACCGGUGGAACCUGUAGAACCUCCUCCAGCGGUCGCUCUGUCGGCAAGUGAAGAUGAACCGUCGGAGCCACUUGAAAUCCUGCAAGAGAGCGAUGCAACAAUGAAAGUUGCGCAAGAGGGACCGACGAGUCCUCCACUAGCAGCCGAGGUUCCCUCCUCAGACGGUUUCGAAGUUAGCAUGGACAUCAGCGACACCGAGAAGGAAGAGGCUACACCUGAAGCGCAAUCACCAUCUCCUGCUAUCAUGGAUGUCGAAGACUUGGUCAAAACGGAGGGAGAGUCGCCGUUAGCACCAUCACGGUCAACGUCUAAAGCUCCAGAGGCCUCAGAUGUUGCAAUGCCUGUUGAUGUCGAACCAGAAACCCUGCUUGAGCUAAAGCCUGAAUCAGAUAUCGAAGAGAGCAAAGAUGACGAGAAUCCCGAAUCCCCUGACGAUGAGGUUGAAGAAUCCGCCGAAGUCGAAACUCUUAAAGCAGACAGUGGAUCACCCGCAGGAUCUGUUACCGGUGAACUACCAGACGCGGAAGAGGUCGAAUCGGCUAUAUCAACUCGACGUUCCACUCGCGGUCGUCCAAGUGCAGCCGCGACAUCGGCUGCGACACCCAAUGUGCCAAAGAAACGUGGCCGCAAACCCAUGCACCGGCCGACGCCAUCGCCAGAGCCGGAUAUCGAAUUUGAUGUAGAAACUGCUGCUCCCGGAACACCUGCAUCACUGGCCGAUUUAGAUGAUCUUCCGUUAAAUCGACGUGGCAAACGCAAAGCAUCAGUCUUCGGUGGGUUCGAUUCUCCGCGUGAAAGAAAACGAGCGAGGGAGGAAUCGGAGCCUGUUGAAGACGAUGAACAGCCCUUGACCCCGUCUGGUUUCCGACGUCGCGGAACCGGACGGACUGAGGAACAGGUCGCCAUCAAACGCUUUCAGACUGUCAUAGGCAUGGUGCAUUCGCAAAUUUCGCAGCACCGAAACGGCAAUAUCUUCCACAAUCCCAUCAAACGCACUGACGCUCCGGACUACUAUGACAUUGUCAAGCGCCCUACGGAUCUGAAGUCGAUCAAAGCCAAGAUCAAGGAUGGAGGAAUCACAAACUCGCUUGAAUUCCAAAGGGAUAUCUACCUGAUGUUUGCCAACGCGAUCAUGUUCAACCGCCCAGGAUCUGACGUACACACCAUGGCAGAAGAUAUGAUGAUGGAAAGUGAUGCUCAAAUCAAUACCUUCCGACAAACCGAAGGCUUUGUACGCAGCUCGCGAUGAUUGAUUACUUGUAAUUACUGCUUGGACCCACUGUCUUGCGAGACAAUACAUUUACGUCCUUGGACGCGUGACAUAGAGGAUAGAUCAAUAUUUGUCAUCAGGAUUUGAUCGGCGCUCUCCGUGCAUCAUCAUCUCAGUCUGUCUGUCUCGGUGUCCUCGAGUGAUGUUUUUGGGCGCCAGACGACUUUUCCAGUAAUCGCACCUCCAGGAAGACCAGCAUGUUUGUUGUCAGCGUGUUUCGCUGGCUUCUCCUCCUCCUGCGUGCCUUGUUGAUUACCCAGCCCCAAGGGUCUUCGUGGUGGACAGUCUUCCUGGUCUGGCUCGUCCGCCUGGUCACCUUCUCUCUCCUACUCCGUACCUACAUCUUCCCAUGGACGAUCACGCGUAUGUCGAAGCACCUCCGCAUCAGGAGCAUCAGUCUGCGGUCCAUCCGUGGCCUAUACGCACGGUUCGGCGCACAUACGCUGCGGGCUGACCGCAUCAGCUGGACGGGCGCUUACAUCGACGGCUCGUGGCGCAUAACACUCCAAGUGCACGGCCUCGUUCUCCAGGUCGGCAUCCCGCCGCGCAAGCCGACGGCACCCCUCCGCACACCCAAACACUCCCGCUCACGGACCCUCGCAGCGAAAUUCGCGCCGUCCCCCAUUGCGCACUACCUAUGGCGGCUCGUCUCGCAGAUAUUCUUCGUCGUGGAUCCAUUCAUCCGACCCGUCGUGCGGACGUACUUUACGGGAUGUCUGCGGCUGGUCAUCGGCGCGGUGCCAGGGAUCAGCCAGGCGCUCGUCCUCGAUCUGCACUCCCCGCGCAUCACAUUCGCCGCUGUCCCCGGCGCACAGCUGGUCACGCAGACCGUGUCCGUGCGCUCGGUCGUGGCGUUCCAAGAGGCCCAGGGCGAAAACAAGCAUAGCGGCCAGACUCAUGCUCAACAGCGCGCAUCGUACAGCCUGGCUGCCUGGAGGAGACGGUUUACGCAUAGCGUGCAGCGCUCCUGGGACCGAGCCUGGGCGACGACGCACGGGGCGAUAGACGUGAAAGUGAAGUUGCAGGGCAUCACUGGAUCCAACACGAGCAACUUCAUCCAGCUGCCUGGCUCGAUUGACUUGAUUGGUUCCUUUGGGUUUAGUCCCAGGCGCGGAUCCGUAGACCCACAUAGCGUGAAAGUCGCGUUGUCAUUGACAGAGACGCAUGUCGAGAUUGGGCCGCUGUUGGCCUUGCUGAAGGCGCUGGCACAAGAUGCCCCGGAUACAACACCUGAGCCACUGCCCCCGCUUGACACUUCGUUGUCUCCGCUCGUGUCUCCAGGGGGGAUGUCAUUCUUCACGUCACCAAUCUCACCCACCAAUUCACGUUCUCCGCUCCUGAGUGCAUUCACGGGUACUAUGGUGCGACGGCACCAUCCGCAAAACGCUAAGCUGAAGGAUGUCAAAGACACGUCCAUCCUUUCCUUUCUGUCCGAAGCGACUUUCCGGAUGUCCAGAAUCACCGUUUCGGUCGACUCGCACAUAGAAGACCGGAGAUAUAACUACUGCGUCAACUCUAUAGAUGCCUCCGCGCGGAUCAGCCACCCAGAACGGGACGCACUGCAUCGAAGAUGGCUGGGUGCCAAGAAGAUACCCGCCGACCCGGAAGGGUACGUCCUCGACGUAACCACCGGCGAGCUACGCGCCAAUCGCGACUCUCUGCAUCUUCUGUCGAUCAAGUCCGUGUCGAUCCGGACAUUGGCGGUCCAGUGGCCGCCGGGAUGGCUCCAUGCCAGUCCGUUCUUAAGUGGGGACCCAAAUGCCCCGUUUCUUGCUGUGCAUGUCGGUGUCGGCCCCAUCCGCUUGACGGAAAGGCUUGACUGUCUGCUCAUGAUGACGGCAGCUUUGCCUGCACCAGCCAAGCCGGAGACAGAACCAGAACCAGCGACAGAGCGCUAUCUGCCACGAGUAGCACUGGAGUUGGAAUGCCAGUCAAUCAGCGGGACUCUAGUUGUCAGUGAUUCGGCGUCCAUCGGGCUGCGGACGGACGGCUUUGUGCUGUCGGUGAUGAGCCAGUACACCCCCCGGCGCGGGGGACGGGCGUCGAUCCCGGUAGACGCCGUGCACCUGCAUCUGACGGCGCAAAUCGGAUUUGCUCUCCGGCCGACAUUUGUGCGUGUGUGCUCUGGCCCGGUGGAGGACCCGGUGCUGCUUUCGAUGGAGUCGUUCGAAGUGACCGGCCACUGCCGGGCUGAUGCGACGCUGAGCGACGAUUCACAUACUGCUCUGGUGUACUUGCCCUCUCGGACGAUUGAGGUGUUAUGCACUUCUGAUGCGUUGUGUGUCGAACUGUGGCACCCGCUGGUUGUGCAGACCCUCUUGCACGUGCUCUCAGCUCUACCGGCGCCAACACCGAAGACAUCUACGUUCUCCGUAAGCCAGCUGCCGAAGGGCGUGUUUGCGACGUUCUCCCUGGCGCGGUUUGUGGUGUUUGUGACUGCUCCCGAUCUCAAUCCAGACGACACGAUGGAUCUCGCUCGCGGAUUCGCUGUGCGUGCAGUUGGGCUGGCGGUGCAGUUCUGCUCUCUGCGUGCAAAUCCAGAGCCCCGAUCCCACUGGCGGUCAGCCACCCGCCAGAUGCUGUACCUGCCACCGGAAACCCUGAUUCCAUCCGUGCUGGGGGCGCUGCGGACAAACAAUGUUGCAUCCACGGUGCACGUGUCUCUUACAGACCUGGCUGUGCGCAGUGCCGUGUCCACGCAAUUCGAAGCCGAUGAUCCCCUGAUCUCUGAACGAGACGCCCCGGGACUCAAGCAGCAGGAGUUUCUGGCGUUGCAGAAGCCGAGCAUCGUGGUUGCGCUGUCCAGCGGGACGUUUUGGCCCACUGUCAGUAGUGCGGACAACUGUUCGGUCACCGUGACUCUUCCCAGUGUCAAGGUGUCGUUCCAGCUUGCCCAUCUUUACAGUGUCUUACUGGGCGCAUCGACUGUGCACAAGCUCGCUGGUGCAAGACGAAAAUCGCCGAUCGUGAAACAGCCCAUGCCAUCGUCAUUACACGUGACGACUAAUGUGCUCGUGAAGACUGUUCACUUGAUCUGCGCUCUGCCGGCACAAUCUGCGCACUUUCGCUGGGACGGCCUCAGUGCCGUGCUCAAAGACAAGGCGAUUACGGCGUCGUGGGAGCGUGCAACUGGCUGGGUCAAAAUCCCUGCAAGCAGCACCCCUAAGCUUUGGGCUGGUCCGCACUCUGAGCGGUGGGAAGAGCUCCUCAGUCUGCGCCGGUGGACAGCCACCAUCGAUGCCGGGGAUAUCCUCAUUGACGCUGAUGCCGCGAGGAUCCGCAUCCCGCACGGAUUCGUGUUGGCCGAUCUGGUGCUCGACAUCAGCCUGUGCGUGAAAUCCAUCAAACACCUCGGCCGCAUCUGCUUGCUCGGCGAGUUCUCGUCUGUUCCAUUCCCCGAGGCCGAGGCGGCCAAGCACGUGCCCAAGCUGACGCUGAACAUCCGCGCACUGUGCGUCGAGGCCGCGGACGAUCCGUUCGAGACGAGGCUGGGGCUGGCGUCGCGUGUGGGACUGGACGCAGCCAAGAGUCGGAAAGAUCGCGACGAGGCGUUCCAGGCGAAGGUCAACUCGAUUCUCGCGGCCGAGUCGUCCUCGGAUUUCAACUUCACCUCCCAGCAUUCCGUAUCGAUCAGCGAUGCGCGGGAGAGACUGGCUGAGGUGCAUUCCGUGGACUGGAUCAUGCGGCUGAACAUGGCGCGGCAGAGACAGGCCAAGGACGAGGACUCGUUUGUUCGGAAGCAGUUUGGUGUGGACCACACCACGCUCUGCAGUCUGAUCGAGGUCACCCCUCCGCCGUCUUCGCCCCCCUUGUUACGAGCCCUGUUCACGAAUAUCUCGCUCAAUCUGUCACCCCCGUCGUUCCCUAUAGAGGCCCUCCCCAGUUUCUUACACAAGCAGGGCGGCGGACUCCCUGUCGACAUGCAGUUCUCGUUGCUCGUCCCGCUCCACCUGAACUUUGGCGUGUCGUCGCUACGCGUCACUCUGCGAGACUACCCGCUGCCGCUGGCCUGGAUCCCGCCCCGCUCAGACAGCACACUGUUUGCGCUCGACUUUGAUGGGGAUCUCGUGAUCGCAGAGGAGAUGUGCACGGACCUGUCCGUCGACUGGGUCGAGUGUCCCGUCGUCCCGGUCAAUUACGGCAUGCCGGGGUCGGCGCCGUUCGCGUUGUCGAUCCCCAAGACCAUCAUGCCGGUCAAGUCGUAUGCGAAUCCCGUGAUUUCGGUGUCCGCGGACGAUGCGACAGUUUUCACAUGGGGCGUCAGCUAUGGAUUCGCCACACAAGAUGUCAUGCGGGUCGUCGACACGCUCUCCAGCGCCCCGCGAGACGCGUCGCCUGCGAUGGGCUUCUGGGAUAAGAUGCGGCUCAUCUUCCAUUGGACCAUCACGACUGAGUUUGCCAACGAGGUCCGGCUGCAGAUGAAGGGCUCCCGUGAUCCGUAUCUCAUCAACGGCGAAGGGGCUGGCUUUGUCCUGGCUUGGCGGGGUAAGCCACGGCUCUGUAUCGGCGAAAGGAACGAUGCGAACGAGCUGGUGCAGAUCAUCAGUGACUCGAUGUUGAUCGCCAUCCCAGACUUCUCCAAUUUACAGCCCAAAUCUAAACGCAAACAACGUCGUCCCCGGCCAUUCAAAAAAGUGUGUGCGACGUUCAGUGCCGGUGUCUGCUUCGGAAUCGGGUUCGUCAUGGAACGGUCGUGUGGGCCCGAGUGUGUCCUGGGUUGUUCCGGAUCAGCAUUCCACCGGCAGUGCCGUUUGUACACUUUCCGGCCGCACUACGAGGUGAAGAUGGAGAGGAAACCACCGGGGGUCGUGCCAGAACGCAAGGGGCCGGACGACUCGUACAACGGCUUCCGGUCGGAUUUCAUCCAUCUUUCCGUGUCGCUCACGUCCGCACUGAAAGCGGAGUCGUCUGCGCCCAGCAGUUUGCACUUGACGCCGUUGGCGUUUACUCAUUUCUGGAGCUGGUGGAAACUGUUUGAUGGGGUACUGAGUCUGCCUGUGCGACAGGGCCUGGCCUGGCCGCACCGUCCCAUCUCACCCAAAUUUGGACGGCAUCUUGCCACGAUCAAGUAUCGCAUUGGUGUGCGGAAUCUGUACAUCAUGCACGGCUACAUCGACGACUCGCGGGAGACCUGGGCGGAUGGGCUGACGCCGUGGGUGGGCGUCAAGGGCUUCAUCGAUCAUUUCCAAGUCGACAUGCAUCAGCGAGAGGAGGAAAAGUCGGUCGACAACAAGAUUAUCCGCCGCAAACCCUUCUACGCGGUCGAACUGGCCAUGCAGGGGAUCGAUCUGCGGGCCCUGCUAGCCGUCUUCGACGAUCCCAUGAAAGCGCAAGUCGGGGUCGGCGCUUCGCCGCAGCGGAGCAACUACCUCAACCGCCGGGCGGAGCUGCCCCAGGUGAAAGAUGAGCGCUGGUGCGAUGCGGAGGACUUUGUCGAGCUCGAUUGGGCCGCGCGGGACGUGGCGUCGGGGGCCCCGGGGCCUGCGCUGCAUUUCUUGCCGGUCGGCGUGUGCCCGAGGUUCACAUAUUUCAGACGCGGGGGGACGCCGGAGGACAGCAAGUUCGGGGAUGAGAGGUCGCACACGUGUUUCUUAGGGAAAGAACCGUCGGUGCCUCAGGUCCAGGUUGAGCUGGCCAAGGAGCGGCUGAGAGAGUUGUCGGAUCCUAAAAUGUCGGACAUUUUGAAAGACUACAUCAAGAUCCUCGAAAACCCGGAAUCACCGAUGGACCACAACUACCAUCUCCCAGCAGACAGUCUCUCAGAAUCUGAAUGGGCUGAAUUCGAUAACGUUUUCCAAGUUCAUUGCCCAAAGCUGUUUUUGGACAGUGCGGUCAGAGAUAUCAUGGUUCAAUAUUAUUACUGCUCUCGGGCCCGAAAAGGCCAGGAAUAUCACAUGGCUGCUCGCGCCGUCCAGUUCAUCCGGGAUCAGGCCGAACAGGCGCUCCACAACACGAACGGCGACAAGCACGGCUCGCCGGUCCAGGGCGCUGCGCAAGUGCUGAAGAAAAUCCUCACCGGGGCUGAUUCCCCGGCCAACGCACCAAAGCAGCAUCAGCCCGCCAUGAGCAUUGACCCGGCCUCCGGUUGGUCCGACGGCGUGUCGCUCGAGAAGGCGCACUGCUGUCUGCUGCUUAAACCGCAGAUCGUCCUCCGCGACGAAUGGAAUUCGGAGCAGAGCUGUGUCGUAGCGGCUGUGCAGGCGAAGCUGCAGAGCUACACGAUCCUGGACGACAAGAACGUGGAUGACCCGAUCAACGGCAAGAUCAUGUCCCGGACGUACACGACCCUGUCGGGCUUGCAGACGUUCACACCCGAGUCGCGCGAAUACGCGGGUGACGGGUGUGUUCCGCUGGAGGUGCUGAUCGACUUCCGGUGCGACACGGAGGAAUUCCAGCGUCUGGUGCCGCAGACGGACGCGGCCUUCCACUACGACAAAUUCAACCGCCUGCGGUUGCGCAACAACGUGGUCCCCCGGAACUCCGAGUUCCGGCAUCUGCAGGACCAGACGGAUCUGAUCCAGGUCCACAUCCCCAAAUUCACCGUGACCGCCAACGACGCGCAUUUCCAGAUCAUCUCGAGGAUCGUGACGAAGCUGAUCCUGUUUUCCGACGCGGCGUUGAAGACGCGCACGAACAAGCUCGAGACGCUGCUCUUCACGUAUGACUUCAAGGAUCUGUUCUCGGUGGCGGGCGUGGUCAAGGACUUGCAGACGGGUCUGCGAGAUGCAACGGAGACGGAGGACACCGCCGAUCUCAGCCAUCUGGGUCUCGAGGAAGGUGCGUUGGAGCUGUUGAAGCUGAAGGCGCAUAAGAUGCUCCUGUCCGAAGAGCUCAAUGCUCUGUUCGACUGCAUCCAACUGGCCCAGGACGAGCGAGACCAGCAAUCAGAAUCCAAGUCAUCGCUGCUGCUGCACACGUCGUCGUCCGAGAUCAGCUGGAGGAUGCUUGACGAGCAGCGGGAGAUGUUGGCCAAGCUGGUCGUGCAGGACAUCGACUUUUGGUGGCUCAGUCGCCAGGACAGCUCGAGCGUCAAUGACCUCAGUGUGGGCAAUCUGCAGGCGUUCGAUGGCGCGCAGAACGCACGGUGGGCGGAGAUUCUGUGCAAGUACGAUGAGCCGGCGAACCAUCCUUUGCUCAAGAAAGGGAUAUUUGUGAUGGCGACGUGGUCCGUCCUCGCUCCAGUGGGCGGGAUCACGAUCUACGAAUCGUUCGAGCUCAACUUCCACCCGAUGCGGCUGCAGGUCGACGCCCGCGUCGGGCGGCGCAUCAUGGAAUACGUCUGGCCCGAUCGGAGAAACCGUAAAAUGAUCCUCGAGGACGAUAGCCAGCCGACGUCGGUCGAUCAGUCACCGCCGGAGACAGCGGAGCCGUCGCAGAUGCCGAUUGGGAUUUCGGCUUCAGUGCCGGCUUUGGCGUCCACGACGCUGGCACCGACAGCGUUGGCCGCGCCGAUGCGGCUCAGCGCGUCGAGGUCGUUCACGGACUUGCGGUCCGCGACGUUGACCCCGCCUCGGACGUUGCAUCGGACUGCGUCGAGCGGAGCUCUGCGGCAGGCCUCGAUGCCGGCUCCCAUCUCCCAUUCCUCGUCCACUGCUAGCUCGAGCACACAGAAGAACGUGGUCUCGGGCCCGCGCAAGACGGGCGACGCUGCUGAGAUGAAGACCCGGUCGUCCCAAAAGAGUUUCGUGCUGGUCAGGAUAUCGAGUCUGAAUCUGCUGUUGAGCGUGUCGAAGGAGCAGUCUUUCGUGUGUCGCGACGCGCACAUCAGAACGAGGGACCUUGAGUAUCGGAACCAAACAUGGAGUUUUGAAGAGCUUGUAAACCAAUUCAUCCCAUCGGACAUGAGCUGGAAGGGCUGGCUCAAGAUGGCCUUCCACCAGCCGCUAGUCCCCGUCCUGCCCGUCGCCCGGGAGCUCAUCUCGAAGACGAAGUGGAUCGCGGGCAAGGCCGUGACGAAUGGGCCUGGGGAGGACUCGGACACCGACAGCCAGCGGCGAUGGAAGCUGGGGAGGAGACACCGGCCUGAGACCCCGCCGGUCGAAUCCGACUCGGAGUCGCGGUCCUCGAUGACCCAGAGCCACCCUCCCAUGCACAACAAAAAGUUUGCGACCAUUUUCGGGCGGAAUCGGACGGGGAGCCCUGGGGUGGCUCAUUUGUAGCAUUUGACGGAUUUGAUUUGAUCUGCAUAUCACCAUCUACUUUCUGCCGCAUGCCCAUUGGAUAGACACGCAUACAUGUACCGACCGACUCACUCAUACUACACCCGCAUAUUACUCACCGCCUUCGUAACGGAGUUAUUAUUAUAGAUAUCGUAUCGUCGACCUACUGCUUGCUUUGAAAAGGAUCUGAUCUGCUCUGCGCUCUUGACUCUUCAGCGAGACUAGUCCGGACACUAGGCAGCUUGCCUAUCGAGAUUAGACCGUUUUCAUCAGAGGAAAACAUCGCGAUUGUUACAAUUCGCUGACAUUCAUCACUCUCGCAACGUUGCAGAAGCAUCUCCCAAGUUGUUAUCAAAAUUAACACAUUACAUCCACCACAUUCAAAAGAUGCCCUCGAUCUUGCUCUUGACACUUUCGAUGUCACCCGCCAGCCCAAGCGAGGCGAGACAGCCGCUGCACGAGGCGGGCUGGGAAAAUGGGUGAAUGAAUGCCGAAUUCGCAUGUACCCAGGGUCAAGGCGUACCAGAGCGACGGCGUCCUGCACAGCAGCGAGAAUGCAGCCCGCAUCCGUGAAUGGGUCUGGCGUCGACGAAAACUGAGAGACGGGUGAUGGAGCUGAUGUUGAUCGAGUGCUUACCGACAUCCGCCUGGGCAACAGCCAGUCCACACGACAGUCCCACUUCAGGUGUGCUGAUGAGCGCGGUGUGGCAGUGUGGUUGAUGCGGCUAGGUACUUGCCGGUGGGUGCGAGAUCGAGGAGACACGCUGGAGAGGGGUGUCAAUGUCAGCGCCCGCUUUGCGCUGCAGACGGUGAUCCGCACUCUUGAGAUCACAGCUGCGCUGGGUCAAGCGUGUCGGAGCGGCAGAUGCCAUUGCGGCAAGUGCGAUGAUGGGAGCAAAGAGCAUGGGUAAUUGAAGGAGAAGAAAAAGUAAAGUAAAGUUCUGGCGGAGAAACGGGAGAAAAAAGCAGAAGGUGGCUCAGCCGCCCGAGAAGAAGAAUAAGUUCCGGUCUCGUCGAGCUGGGUAUUUAUUACAGACACGGAUGCAAUGCCGCCGGGGCCGGCCGUUGAGGACAAUCAGCGCAAUUCACAUAGUGAUCAUACAAAAACAGAAUCAGAGAGAUUGAGGACCCCCAGAGAGACUCGACGACCGGACAAGUCAGCAGUGUGCGAUAGCCAGUGUCUUGGAGAAGUGCCCGUGGCGUCUCGAUACAAGACGUCCUAGGCCAGUCGAGCCUGGCUCGACAACCCAUCUUGCGACGCAGAGAUCCCCAAUCAACGACUGAGCUGUGGACAGCCCGACAAAUGCAUCGAAAUUUGUCCGACUCUGGUUUGAUGAUGAAAGUCGGAAGGGGCUGUUCAGCGGAUGGCGGUCACAGUGGAGGGAAGUAUGUUAAGCGCUUUAGGAUGGCUAAAUCGGUGUGCACCAAAACCGACGCAGCGGGGCAUCAUAUCGUUGGCGUCCAAUCGGGAGAACAGUCGGUUCGAUUGAUGUGAUGACGGGGACGACGGAAAGAAGGGGCGCGAUCGGUUGCUCGAAAGUAUGUAACGUGCGUGCGUCUUCGGCGUCAUCACAUCCUUCUGCUCUCUCCCCACCCUUCCCAAUGAAAAUCGCUAUCGUCGGUUCAGGCGUCUCCGGCCUAAGCGCCACCUGGCUCCUCAAUGAGUACAGCGACCACGAAGUGCAUUUGUACGAAGCCGACGACCGACCUGGCGGACAUGCUAACACGGUCAUGUUUGCGCCACCAGGAAAGAAGGAGGGUGUGUAUGUCGAUACUGGCUUCAUUGUUUUCAACCCGAGCACAUACCCCAACUUCAUCAACUUUCUCGAAUUGAAUAAGAUCCGAAUCUUGCCGACGGAGAUGACGUUCAGCGUGUCGCGCGAUCGCGGUGCCUUCGAGUGGGCGGGAGACACGAUCUUCACUGUGUUCUGCCAGCCGUGGAGGCUCGUCGAUCCUGACAUGUGGCGCUUGCUGUAUGACGUGCUGCGGUUCAACGCGUGUGCGCGGUCCAUUCUACGCGACGACUUUCCGGCGGAAACGUCUAUUGGGGAAUACCUGGACAAGGAGGGGUAUUCUAUGUCCUUCAAGGACAAUUAUCUGAUUCCCAUGACGGCCUGCAUCUGGAGCACGCCGCCGGAGAAAUGCGCGCUCGACUUUCCCGCGAAGACCCUCGUGAGUUACGAUGACAAGGUGACCGGAAAGCCGUCUUGGUUGACACUGGACGGGGGAAGUCGAGUCUACGUGAAUCGCAUAUUGUCCAAGCUGCCUCAACAUCAACUGCAUUUGUCUACUCCGAUCAGAGCGGUCAGUACUUUCCCUGAACGGGAUACGGUCGACCUCGUCACAUCUGCCGGAGUGACGGAGACGUACGACCACGUUAUCUUUGCAUGCCACUCUGACACAGCGCUCUCGAUCCUGCAAGCCGGAGAAGGUCUGACUGCGGAGGAGGAAGCUAUCCUGGGCAAGUUCCAGUGGAACCAGAACGAAGCCGUGCUGCAUUGCGAUACAAACGUUCGUGCGCAUGCCGGUGCAUCUGAGCUGGACGAUCACGGUGUUCGAAAGGCGAAUUCUGACCAGGUGUCCUUGACCUAUGGGAUGAACGCGUUGCAGCACAUUCCUGAAUCCAAAUUUGGGCCUGUCCUGGUGACUCUCAAUCCUCCAUUCGAGCCCCGCAAGGGCACCACCGGAGGUCGCUGGCGAUACGACCAUCCAGUGCUCGACGGCAGUGCGGUCCAGGCUCAGAAGCUCGUGCCGCGCAUCCAGCGAACGCGAGGGCUGUCGUAUGCCGGUGCCUACCUCCGAUACGGCUUCCACGAGGACGGAUUCGCGUCGGGGCUCGCUGCUGCUCGCCAUUUUGUCGAUCGGAACCGGCUGCCGUUUGAAUUGGAGCUGGAGGUCGAUAGACCUGCCCCUGACGCGAAGGUCGCUGAGAUGAUCUUCGGCGAGGAUCUUUCCUUCCUCCUCCCCGUUCCUCAUAUGCCUUCCGUUCGCGUUCGUCGCAGCACCUAUGUGGCGGUCGAACCGAUACCCCCGCGGCCUCUGACAGAAAUCUUCAAGCCCCCCUCAGAAACGGGUGUCCCGAUCGCUGGGUCCGACUCCACCUCGCCUCCACCCACUCGCCCAUCUCCGCGCAGCAGCAGGGUUCAAAGCCAUGUCAUGGGCUCUACGCGCUCUCGUGUGCUGUCGUCAAAUUUCCGCGCUGCGUCACCCGAGUCGUUGGGGCGGUCGGCCACCCCUCUGUCGCACCACUCUGGCGUGAACACAGACGUCGUCGUACGGGCGCGCUCGGACGGCGAGCCUGGGCUUAUUGGAAGCGCCCUUAGUGUCUCUGACGCGGAAUCUCAACGCCCUGGACUGGGGCGGGACGACAGCGACCAGGAUCUGGACGACCAUGUCGACCAGGUUGUUGAGCAUUUGGAUGUUAUUGACCCUCAAGUUGCAACUGUGUCUACGCUCACUAACGCUGCAAAUGCCAUUCUUUUCCCCCCAUGGCAUUCUCACAAGCCUGUCGUGACACUGUCGUCGCCGUCUAUUUCCGAAGUCACGGACCCAGAGGACGGACAGCGUCCUGGAAAAGAAUACGAGGAUUCCUUAGACCGCCAUGUGCAGGAUGUCUUGAAGAAACCUUCGAAGUUCCGGCGUACGAUGAAGGGUGUUUUAGCUUUCCUCAAAACGCCUUUGGGUGUAAGUUGUGCCAUUCUGUCGCCUGGACCGACUAAUCAGAGCCGGAGCUUAGAUGAUAACUGGAGUCUAUGGCUUCUUUUGUUUUGGGGAGCUGCGAUCGUCAUUUUCUUGGUCAAGAUCAUCAAUUUCCACAACGCAAACACACAAGGAUUUUGGGUGGAAGUCAGCUCGCAAGUAGAAAACGGCGAGAUUGUUCACUGUCACCGGAAUCGGAUUGAUACCCUCACGCGUUCUGGACACCUACAGUACGCCGCACCUCUCAGUUCGAAAGUGAUCUAUGCUGAAUCGAAUUCAGGGGUAUUCUGGAUUUGGCAUUACAAACGCAAGACCCGCAGGCUGCGUUUGAAAGCCGGAUUGCCCGUUCUGUUUGACGAGGACGAUCUACCAGACCCUGCUUACGACCCCAAUUAUGUUCACGUUCUCACCGACGAAGAGCAGAAGUAUCUGCACCGACAUGAACUAGAGCAAGUGAAGUUCCAACGGCAUCAAACCUGGUAUCGGGCACAUGGAACUGAGACUCAUCGCGCGUUCCCGAUCAACACUGCGUUGCUCAUAUGCUGUUUGAACGACGGUAAUUCCAUCUUCCAGAUCAUACUCUGUGGCACCAUGUGGGGAUUAGAUCGCUUCCAGCGGCCUGCAUGGAGCACGGGUAUUCUCAUCCCAGCCAGCUUCCUUUGUGGGAUAUUCUCUGCCGUCUUUAUUGCCAUCGGCGGAAACCACACCAAGCGCGUAGAGAAGGUGCGGGAAAGGCUGGCUGCCGCACUUGCUAUGGAUCAUCCCGCCGAUUUGAACACCGACGCGAGCAACCUUGAGAGGGGCGCGGAAAAGGUCCCGGAUCAUUAUGCCAACGGUAAUGGUCAUAGUCCUCUAGAGGAGGAGCUGGUCGCUGAUGAGCGGAUGGUCGUGCCUGCUGUGGAUGAAAAGGGCCAUCCGGCGUUUCUGCCGCCUCAGCAUUUCCAACCCCAAUACUACCAGCCCCAACCCUCUCCCCCUCCCCCUCCUGUGUAUAACCCUGACCCCGCCUCGUUCCGCAGAGACUAUUCACGACAUCUAGCGGAGCUCAAGGUCAAUUCCAGGCCUAUCAUUCAGAACCUCUCUGUCAUAGCACAAGACUUUACCCGCUACGCUGAGAUCAUUGUCCAAUGCAUCGAGUCCCACAUACGGCAGGUUCCGCAUUGGAUGAAACUUCCCGCUUUCUAUCUGCUCGACGCCAUCUCGAAAAACGUCUUUGAUCCCUACGCUCGGCACUUUUCGGGAAUCGUGGUCUCGCUGUUUCUAGACACGCACUCCUCAGUAGACGAAGUGACCCGCGGAAAGAUGGAGGAAAUGCUGAUCACUUGGAGGACAGGUUCGCCUACUGGGGCACCGUUGUUCGGCGAGCCGGCGCAGGCGGCCAUUGAGCGGGGUAUAUGGCAGAAAGGCAAUGCGGAAGUGUUCAAGGCUCAGGUUCUUACCGAGCUCGAGUUCACACUGAGUCAGAAGGAGCGGGCGUCUCACGCGAACCCUUAUGACACAACGUCACAAAACCACAUCGUCAUUCUGCAACAGUUGCGCAGAUUAAUUGAAACCGGUGUCUCGUAUCCGGAGUUAGAGCAAAUUCUGGCUCAGCUGAGGUCGCUGAUGCGACCCGUUCCUGUGCCUCAACCUCCACCACAGCCUCAGCAGGCAUGGCCGGCUCCCCCUUCUCAUACUCCAACACCUGUAUACAACAACGCACCGGCUCAACCACCUCCUUUCGGAUAUUCCGGAUCAUUCGCUAAAUCUGAGCCUCCACCUGCCAGUAGCUCGACAGCUGCGACUCUGAUAUCACAAGACAGUAUCCUGAACCUGUUGACCACGUUGAAGAAGCAAGGCUUCGGGGGUGAUAAGACCGAUGACACGCCCGAACAACAAGCACCUGAUCUUGACCGUGAUGCUUCCAGGGCCUAUCGUGAUGCCAUUUUGUUACGUGGUGUGCGACUGACAAGUACAGAUGUUACAAGGAAGCGCACUGAUGUUGCCGAGUUCUUGUACGACCGGAUGGCGCUACAGUGUAGGCAGUGCGGAGUCCGAUUUUCAGACACCGCUGCAGGGAAGCAGCGCAUGGAAGAGCAUCUUGACAUGCAUUUCCAGCAAAAUCGACGGGCCAACCAGAACAUCGGACGCGGUCACGCGAGAAGUUGGUUUGACUGGAUCAGCGAUGUUUCUGACGUCAAGGGCAAAGGUCGUGCCGAUGGAGCGAGACCUCGAGGUCUGAGUGCCAAAGCUGCGAUGGCCGCUGAAGAGGCCAAGCGGAUAGCAGAUCUGCGAGCGCAGUACGUUGUUGUGCCGCCAGGGGAGGAAGCCGUAUCUUUGGCAUGCCCCAUUUGCAAAGAAACUUUCAAGAACGAGUGGAAUGAUGAGGAAGAAGAAUGGGUCUGGCGAAACGCUGUGUCGAAGGCUGAUCGAGUGGGUGCCGGUCUUUUUUUGCGUGUGCACGAACUCAAUGGUCCUGAACGCAAGGUGUAUCAUGCGACCUGCCACGCUGAGGCUACUAAUGGGCUGGCGUUGAGGUUGAAGAGCGAGCUGGCAAGUUUUGGGUCGGAUAGUAAGCCUUUGCUCGUAGGGAUCAAACGUAAGGCUGAGGAAUCGGAACUGGACGCAAAUGGUGCUGGCUUGCAUUCUGAAGGCACUCCGCCCCUGAAGAAGUUGGCAUUGGCUAUAGAGUCAUAG